UGUAAAGUUUGUUAUCAAAACAAAUGUAUCAUUCAGUUCAUUGAAUAAUUUUAUUUUAACAAAAUUUAGAAAAGCCAAGUUUGGUUUUUAAUUUUAAUUCGAAAAAUUCAAAAUUCAAAAUUUCAUCUCUCUGUUAACACGCAACAGAAGAAGCAGACCACAAUAUGCCGGUUACCGGAAAUAAUAUAUUCAUGUUGGAGGUGAUUGUAUACCGCUUAACGUUGACGGAUCAGAUCCAAAUGCGCAAUACGUGUCCGGUGUGCGUGUGUUUCCAAUUCCCGGGGCUGGUUGAAUUGGUGGUAUGCGAGGGUGGUUUUUGCUCCGACGGCAGGGUUGGUGGUGGCGAAAUAGUGAUGACCAACGGAAAGUCAUGCUUAUUCGCGAUCAGCAACGCAGAUCUUUGUCGUGUGGCUCGGGACUUUCGCGCAGUAAUCGGCGUGAAUAGGCGAGUAGUUGGUGAACAGCAAAUGCGAUACGUCGCACAGACGCAUCUUGAGUUCGACCGGACGUUUACCGAUAUCAUACUGAACCCCAACCAGGUUGAGAGGUUCCGGAAACUGAAACGGGUCUUGCCAUUGUACGAUAAUGGCCGUCCGAAUCCUGUGGGCAGCAUAGAACUUUUCGUCCGUUUGACUUCCCAAGGUGAUUUAGUGGUAACUCAUUUCAAUCGUGCUCCGGAUAGCAACAACUAUCAGUAUAAAUCAGUUCCUGUUGAAAUUUCGACGAUAAAUUGUUCCGAAAGAAGAUCACACGACUCAAAGAAAAUAUGCAAACACAAAACUUCAUGCAGAAAUAAACGACCCAAGUGCAGACAAGAUAAUCAUUGUGGAGAACCACGACGACGCUCAAAGGUUUCGGAAACUGAAACAACUUUGAAUUGCGAAAAAGAAAUGAGACAAGCAAACUGUGUGUUAACGAUGUUAGAAAAAUUAAAAACUUUGUACACUGAGAUGGAAACAACUCCGCUCAUGAACAGUAGCGAGUUUGAUACCGACAAAACGGACCGGGGAAAACCGUGCAUGUUUGACCUAAAUUGUCCAGCCGCUCGUUGUCCGUUUAGAGAAAGCAAAAAAGCAAAUGAGUUUGUUGGGCACCUAGUUAACGGCACCUAUCCCGAGAACGAACAGACUCCCAAUAAUUUGUUGAACAACCGUGAAAUCGUAGACGACGCGGAUUUGUUUGUUAUAAACGUAGGUCUGGUGGACCCAUGCCGGGUGAUCGCACCAGCAAAGUACAAGGACGGCUGUUCCCAGUAUUUUGAAACGGAUUUUUCAACAAAAUAACACUCCAUCGUGUCCUGUUUUGUGGUUAAUCGUUGAUGCGCUUUUGAGCCUCACCGUGGUUCACAGUGAUUACCUUGCCUGGACUUGGGUCAUUUAUUUCUGUACGAAAUUUUGUGUUUGCAUAUUUUAUUUAGGACGUGAGGUCUUAUUUCGGAACAAUUUAUCGUCGACAUUUCAACAGGAACAUAUUUAUACUCAUAGUUAUUGCUAACUAGAGCACGAUUGAAACGAGUUAACACUAAAUCUCCUUGUGUUGUUAAAAGGACGAAAAUUUCUGUGCUGAUCACAGAAUUCGUAUGAUGUUCCUGGAACCUCUUUACCUAUUUGGGGUUCAGUAUGAAACCGGUGCACAUCUGGUCGAACUCGAGAUGCAUCUGUACGACGUACCGCAGUUGAAAAUUCCCCAAUUCCUAGCCUGUUCUGGAUGAUUAUCACGUAAAAGUCGCUGUCCUUCCCACAGAAUUCCACGGUGUUGAUAACGAACAAGCAUAACUUGUAAUUGGUCAUCAAUGUCCAAUGUCUCACCAUCCUUACAAAAGCCUUCGUAUACAAUCAAUUCCAACAGCACCAGAAAAUGGGAAACACGCUCACCGGAUAAAAGUAUUGUGCAUUUGGAUAUGGUCCGUUAACGUUUUGCGGGAAACGACCAUCUCCAACAUGAUUAUAGUAUCUAUUUCCAGUAAGCAGCAUAUUGUGGUAUGUUGCUGUUAACGUCGCACGUUCGUGUUAAACUUGUUAUUUUUAGUGCUAAUAUAGAUAUUUUACGAAGAAAAA